AUGAGAGCCUUGCUGGCAACCCCCUGUCAAGGGGCUUUUGGUAUUUGUGACACCCCCUCCCAUGCUGUCACACCUCGAUGUACGACCUCAUCCUGGUGGCGUAUUGCCUGGGAUACUUCUAUGUGUAAAACCAGAGAACGAACAACAACCCCGAUUGAAGCUCCUUCCACAACCCGCUACCCAACUGACCCGAGCAAAUCCACCAUGGCCAUAGACUCUAUCCUUCAUCAACAUGGACUCACAGCCCAUACUCCGCCUUUGGCGGACCUUUCAGACGAAUCCAUUACCGCAAAGCUCAAGGCACCGGCGCCAGUAACAUCGGAGCGCAAUCUGUGGGCGUUCUGGGAUAGCGGCUUCGAGGCGAUCGCCCCAUGGAAGCAGCGCAAUGUGAUCAACUGGGUUCGGCGAUGCGGACACCGCUGGAGUGUGCGCCUGCUCGACACAGUGCCUGGGUCCAGCUCACACAUCCGGCACUUCCUACCGCGCGAGGCCCUGCCCGAUGCUGUCUGGGGAGGACUAAUGGACGGUGAGCAUUCAGGACAGCAUACGUCGGAACUCGUGCGUUUAGCACUGCUAUAUCACCACGGUGGUGUAUUUAUGGACGUGUCGAUCCUGUUGCUCCGUGACCUCGAGGAUCUGUGUUGGGCGCCACUGGAGGACGAGAACUCCUCGUACCGUCUUAGUGCUUGGUACCAUAUCAAUAUGGAACAGGUAUUUCAUUCCUCGCUGGCUGCACGGAAGCACGACCCGUUUCUCUAUCGCUGGAUGCAGGUCUUCCUGCAGAUGUGGAAGGGCCGUCGGGAUGCCGCGGGUCUACACAAGCAUCCCUUGGUGCGGCAUCUUGAUCUCUUCCAAAUAAAGGUAUUCAAUAUCCCUGCUGACAAGGACUGGGAGGGGUUCAACGACUACACGGCCAUUCUGCUGGCGUUCCAGCGCGUGGCGCGCAAUCGCGAACUGGACGGGGGGCUGGACGGCCCUGCAUAUGUACAACAACAUUUGCACCUUCUAUCAGUAUCGGAUGAGAUGGAGACGGGAUUUGUGCUGGGCGAGCAGCUGACUCGGCUUCUGACACUACCUGUCGAAGCAGAUGGUGAAGAGGGCGAAACGGCGCGGCAAUAUGUAUACAACACGCUGGGUUGUAGUUCGGUCGCCAACUACCACCAGGGAAUCAAAUACAUCGGAGUCGCGAAUCCGGUGGCAACGCAGUGGAAUCUGACGCCAGCGGAGGGCCAUGACUCUUUACAGGGCUCGUGGGGGGAGCAGCUGCGGUAUGGCAGUGUGCAUUACCAACAGACCCGGACACUUGAGCCUGUGAAGAUGAAGGAAGUUGAAGCGACAGCACUUGGUCCUUUCCAGGUAGCGGACUGA